AUGGUGGGUAGCAAACAUAUCUGUCUUCCAGUAAAAUGAUAUGAUUUCCUCGGUCGAAGUCCACUUUCAAGACUGUAUCAUGCUUCUACUGUGUGUAUGACCAACAAUAGUACCGUGAACACUACAGAAGCAGGUGAGAGCUACACAGGUAAGUCACUUUUUUCUGUUUAGGAGGUAAAUUCUGGGUAUUUUCACAUAUUUAAUAGUUAUAGAUGCUGUAUAUUAUGAGAUACUAAUAUACUGUAGACAAUAAGGUCAAACCUCGAACCAAAAGUUGUAUCUACUCAAUGUUAAUAAUUCAUUGUCUUAUAAAUAACUGUCACAAACUUACAGGAUAUACAUUGUUUAAUGACUAUUUCUUACAUUUGAGACAUUGAGUCAAAAUGACUGAAAACUAUGACAUUAAAACCCACCUCAAUCAAAACAAAGCAAGUGCACCUACAGUGUCACGCCCUGACUCAAGGGACGUUUAUUUGUUGAAUUCCGUGUUGUGUUUGUUCAUUGUUAUAGAAUCUAUGAUGUGUAGAUCUAUGUUGGCCGGGGUGGUUCCCAAUCAGAGGCAGCUGUAGCUCGUUGUCUCUGAUUGGGGACCAUACUUAGGCAGCCUUUUGGCAUGAGUUUGUUGUGGGAUCUUGUUCCGUGUAAGGUAUGUUGUUUGUAUGCUACCUUGGACUUCACAUUUCGUUUGUUGUUUAGUCGUUAAUAAAUAUGAAUGCAUAUCACGCUGCGCCUUGGUCAUUCUCGUUUGUAAACGAUCGUGACAUACAGUUACAGUAUUAUACCUGAAAAUGUUUUGAAUCUAAGAGUUCUGUGAAAUGAUUGAUCACAUUGCAUGAGGUUGAUGUUGGUUCAAUACAUUUAUUUUGAGUUACAAGGAAACAAUUGGAAAAUUCCAGUAACAUAUAAUCACCCUAAGGAAGUCUUUGGAACUGACCCUUGAUCCUAUAAACACUGGCAGACAUCUUGACUGCAUGGCUCCAUUGUUAUUGUUCUUGUGAAAUAGUACAUCUCUAUCUCAAUCUCUCUCGCUCUCUCUCUCUUUCUCUCUGUCCUUAUCCUUUCUCAAUGUCUCCAUUACUACCCUGUUUAUCUCCCUCCCUCCCUCCCUCCCUCCAUCCUCUUCAUAGACCAUAAUGCAGCAGCCUAACGACAACAGCCGGUCUCCUAAGGUGAAGGAGAAGGACCCUCACCAGAGGUUGGAGGACAGAGGCUCAGAACCCUGCAACAAGCCCAACCUCAGUCACAAGCAGGUGAGUGUCUAUGGUUGUCUUAUAUGACACAAUGACACCAUAUGUCUACGGCUGUCUCACGACACCCUAUUCCCUAUAUAGUGCACUACUUUUGACUAGAGCCCACCCCUUUCCAUUUAGUGCACUACUUGUGACCAGAGCUACAUUGUGACAAGACCCGCUUUGCAGUGAACACUAGCAUUUGACAGUUUAAUAAGCCUACUCGUGUGUGGAUGCAUUCUGUGUUUUAUAACCCUGUCUUUAUUCCCACUUAUGGUGAUACAGGACAAGCGCCUGGAGACUGUGGAGGCUACCCACUCAGAACCCUGGAAUAAACCACAUCUCAGCAACAGCAAGGUGAGUUCGGUUCCAACCAUUAAACCACUAGCCACUCCAUCUUUAGGCCAGGGACUUUGUCCCAAGACUGUUGAAUCACCUUUUAACUUUCUACAUACAGUAUAGGUUUUGAAUCUAGGAUGCUGGGCAAUCCUAUAGCAAAUCAGGGCACAUCAUAUUAAUUAGAUUAUGACUGGGCUGGGCACCACCAUAAAUGUACAUUUUGCUACAGUCCACUAUUUUGGAUCCAUCUGUAAUUUGUGUCCUGUAUGUACCACUUCUACAGGGGAGGGACUUUGAGAAAUGGAAUGCCGGCCAUUCAGAACCCUGGAACAGGCCUCAUUUCAACAACAGCAAAGUGGGUUCUAUGGAGAAAAAAUAUUUCAGUGAGAGGAUGAUAUUGUAGGUGGUGUGUUAUAUUAACCUACCUGGGGUGGUGUGUUAUAUUAACCUACCUGGGUUGUGUGUUAUAUUAACCUACCUGGGGUGGUAUGUUAUAUUAACCUACCUGGGGUGGUGUGUUAUAUUAACCUACCUGGGGUGGUGUGUUAUAUUAACCUACCUGGGUUGUGUGUGUUAUAUCAACCUACCUGGGUUGUGUGUGUUUUGCUCACAGCCUGGCCUAGCACAGAUGCAAACAUUCCAGGAGUGUCUACAGCUCAUCACAGAGCUAGCCGAGGACGUGAAGAACAUCAGUAAAGUACAGUGGCUUGAUACACUACUAUUAUACACUACAGCGGCAAGCGAAAGUAUUCACCCUCCUUGGCAUUUUUCCUAUUUCGUUGCCUUUCAACCUCGAAUUAAAAUGGAUUUUGGGGGGGUUUUGAAGAUGCAAAAUAAUUUGUUUUGUGAAACAAACAAGAAAUAAUACAAAAAAACUGAAAACUUGAGCGUGCAUAACUAUUCACCCCCAAAAGUCAAUACUUUGUAGAGCCACCUUUUGCAGCAAUUACAGCUGCAAGUCUCUUGGAGUAUGUCUCUAUAAGCUUGGCACAUCUAGCCACUGGGAUUUUUGCCCAUUCUUCAAGGCAAAACUGCUCCAGCUCCUUCAAGUUGGAUGGGUUCCACUGGUGUACAGCAAUCUUUAAGUCAUACCACAGAUUCUCAAUUGGAUUGAGGUCUGGGCUCUGACUAGGCAAUUCCAAGACAUUUAAUUGUUUCCCCUUCAACCACUCAAGUGUUGCUUUAGCAGUAUGCUUAGGGUCAUUGUCCUGCUGGAAGGUGAACCUCCGUCCCAGUCUCAAAUCUCUGGAAGACUGAAACAGGUUUCCCUCAAGAAUUUCCCUGUAUUUAACGCCAUCCAUCAUUCCUUCAAUUCUGACCAAUUUCCCAGUCCCUGCCGAUGAAAACCAUCCCCACAGCAUGAUGCUGCCACCACCAUGCUUCACUGUGGGGAUGGCGUUCUCGUGGUGAUGAGAGGUGUUGGGUUGUAACACAGACAUAGUGUUUUCCUUGAUGGCCAAAAAGCAAAAUUUUUGUCUCAUCUGACCAGAGUACCUUCUUCCAUAUGCUUGGGGAGCCUCUCAACUUUUUUAUAAUGUUUUUAAUGGUGCUCCGUGGGAUGUUCAAAGUUUCUAAUAUCUUUUUAUAACCCAAACCUGAUCUGUACUUCUCCACAAGUUUGUCCCUGACCUGUUUGAAGAGCUCCUUGGUAUUCAUGGUGCCGCUUGCUUGGUGGUGCCCUUUGCUUAGUGGUGUUGCAGACUCUGGGGCCUUUCAGAACAGGUGUAUAUAUACUGAGAUCAUGUGACAGAUCAUGUGACACUUAGAUUGCACACAGUUGGACUUUAUUUAACUAAUUAUGUGACUUCUGAAGGUAAUUGGUUGCACCAGAUCUUAUGUAGGGGCUUUAUAGCAAAGGGUGUGAAUACAUAUGCACCUUUCUGUUAUUUAUUUUUUAUAAUUUUUUGAAACAAGUAAUUUUUUUCAUUUCACUUCACCAAUUUCGACUAUUAUGUGUAUGUCCAUUACAUGAAAUAAAAAUCAAAAUCCAUUUAAAUGCCAGGUUGUAAUGCAACAAAAUAGGAAAAACGCCAAGGGGGAUGAAUACUUUUGCAAGGCACUGUACGACAAUCUCGAUCUGUACAGAUGUAUGAUCUUAAUUUGAGCCAAUUUGCUACAGCAGGAUAAUAAUUCUGCAGCAACAGGAAAUGUGAAUUAUUAUGUAGAUUAUAAUUAAUGGACAUUUUUUAUAGGGGUUGAUAAAUUUUUCGUAAGGGAAAAUCAAGUCUGAAAUUUCAAAGUGGAAAUUACAAACUUCAGAUGCCUUUUUAAACCUCAAAUACAGUACCAGUUUAAAAUGUCCUGCAUUGCAGGAAAGUUCUCCUGUAACAGGGUGAUCAAAUUAAGAUCUUACAUCUGUACACGUAACUCAAACUUUCACAUAAAUCUCAAAUUGACAUCAACACAUAUUUUUAUGGAAAAGUUCACAUUCACUCACACAGUUUGUCAAACCGAAAAUGUCAAUACAAUGAUCAAUAUGUGACCUCACGUCUGCAUCACUUCCUUGAAUAUGACAUCACGUCCUUGAAUAUGACAUCAUUUCCUUGAAUAUGACAUCACUUCCUUGCUUGCAGCUUGCCAGGAGAAGAGAGGUGAAGGGAGGAGAAGGUUCCACAGCAUCACCUAGCCUGGAGAGCAGCCGGAGUCUCAUUCUACUGUGGGCCAAGGAGCUCGAGCAGGUAACACGGUGAACAGGCUAACAAAACACAAUAGAAGCAGUAGCAUACAGUGUGAGAGAGAAGGGAGAUAUAAAAAAAAGAGACAGGAAAACAGAGAGAAGGAGAAGUUUAAGUGAUGUCAUGGUAUUAUUGUCUCCUAAAACAAUGGAGUCACUUCCAUAGGACAAUAUUUAUAUAACGACACAGGGCGAGACCCAGAUGCAGACACAGGUGGCAAGAGGCAGGUCGAGGACAGGCAGAAGUUCAUUAACCAGGUCAGAGUCCGAAAGGUACAGGGCGGCAAGCAGGCUGGAGGUCAGGGCAGGCUGAAUGAUCAGGCAGGCUGGAGGUCAGGGCAGGCUGAAUGAUCAGGCAGGCUGGAGGUCAGGGCAGGCAGAAAAGGUCGAAACCGGCUAGAAAAACAGAGACUAGGGAAUACUGCAGCAAGACGAACUGGCAAAAAACAAACAGAAAACACUGGUAUAAAUACACAGGGAAUAAUGGGAACAAAUGGGAAUAAAUGGGGGGGUGGAGACAAGCACAAGACAGGUGAAACAGAUCAGGGUGUGACAAUUUAUAUACAUACAGUGCAUUCGGAAAGUAUUCAGCCUUUUUUUUUUAAAGUAUUAUUUCCUUUUCGUUACAGCCUUAUUGUAAAAUUUAUUAAAUUAUUUAUUUUUUCUCAUCAAUCUAGACACUAUAACCCAUAAAUAUGCUAUUUCUGUAUUUUUUUUCAAUUGUAAUUUGCAAAAAUCUCUAAAAACCUGUUUUUGCUUUGUCAUUAUGGGGUAUUAUGUGUAGAUUGAUGAGGGAAAAAAAACAAUUUAAUUAAUUUUAGAAUAAGGCUGUAAAAGUAAAGGGAUCUGAAUACUUUCCGAAUACACUAUGUCACGCCCUGACUCAGGGGACUCGUAUAUGUUGAGUCAGGGUGUGUAUGUUCCUUGUUGUGUUUAUCCAUGUUGUACAUUCUAGUAUGUGUAGAUCUAUGUUGGCCGGUGUGGUUCCCAAUCAGAGGCAGCUGUCGCUCGUUGUCUCUGAUUGGGGACCAUACUUAGGCAGCAAUUUGGCACUAGUUAGUUGUGGGAUCUUGUUCCGUGUUAAAGUAUGUUGUGUUGUGCUGCCUUGGACUUCACGUAUCGUUUGUUUAUUGUUUUGUCGUUGUGUUUAUUCGUUAAUAAACAUGUAUGCAUAUCACGCUGCGCCUUGAUCCGUCCCGUCUAUAAACGAACGUGACAGAAGAUCCCACCAAACGAGGACCAAGCAGCGUGCCCAGGAAGAGCGAAUAGCCAUGUCACAGGUGGGUAAAUUGUGGUCAUGGGAAGAGAUAUUCGCGGGGAAAGGGCCAUGGGCGAAGGUAAAUGCCCAGGCAGGAGAGGAACGACGGCAACACGGAAGCCGGCCGAGGAGGAGGCCCGAGAAGCAGCCCCAAUAAAAACAAUUUGGGGGGGCUAAAGGGGUGGUCGGGGAGCGAUAGAGAAGAGCGCCGACCACUGCACCCGGUUGGGUUUCAGAUUGGGUCCCUACGACCUUGGGAAGAGGACUGGGAACAGUAUUACACUGAGUCGGAGGAUGACGAUGACGACGAGUGUCUGUUCCCUAACUCGUGGGGGCUCCCGGAGGAGUCCUCACAGGAAGAGGAGUGCCGACGACGGAGACCCGAGAGGCAACCCCAAGGACAUUUUUUGGGGGGGCACACGGUGUGGACGACGAGGCAGCAGGAGGCAGCGACAGGGCGGAUCUGCAGGUUAGGAGAGGAGGCCACCAUGUUACGGGGGCUAUUGGUUCAGAGGGAGCAGGAGUUAUUCGGUCAGAGGGAGGAGCUACAGGAGGCUAAAAGGGAGAAGGAAGGUUUAGAGGCACGGCGAGAGGAGCUGGUUAGGCAGCAAAAGGAGCAGGGGUUAAUAAAGGAACCCAGUCCCACUCCUCGCACCAAGCAAAUGGUGCGUGUCGCCAGUCCGGUCCGGCCCGUUCCUGCUCCCCGCACUAAGCCAGUGGUGCGUGUUCCCAGUACGGCCCGAACAGUUCCUGCUCCCCGCACUAAGCCAGUGGUGUGUGUUCCCAGUACGGUCCGGCCCGUUCCUGCUCCUCGCAUCAAGCCAGUGGUGCACGUCGCCAGCCCGGUCCGGCCUGUUCCUGUCCCUCGCACCAAGCCAGUGGUGCGCGUCGCCAGCCCGGUCCGGCCUGUUCCUGCUCCUCGCACCAAGCCAGUGGUGUGUGUCGCCAGCCCGGUCCGGCCUGUUCCUGUCCAUCGCACCAAGCCAGUGGUGCGUGUGUCCAGUCCGGCACAGCCCGUGCCUGUUCCACCGGUGCCUGGUCCGGCACCGGUCAGCUGCUCCACUCCGGAGCCAGAGCAGUCCGCUCCACCGGUGCCUGAUCCAGCUCCGGUUAGCUGCUCCACUCCGGAGCCAGAGCAAUCCGCUCCACCGGGGUCCAGUCCAGCUCCAGUCAGCGGAUCCACUCCGGAGCCAGUGCAGUCCGCUCCACCGGUGCCCAGUUCAGCUCCGGUCAGCUGCUCCACUCCAGAGCCAGAGCAAUCCGCUCCACCGGGGUCCAGUCCAGUUCCGGUCAGCGGCUCCACUCUGGAGCCAGAGCAGUCCGCUCCACCGGUGCCUGAUCCAGCUCCAGUCAGCGGCUCCACUCCGGAGCCAGAGCAGUUCGAUCCACCGUCGUCGGGUCCAGCUCCAGUCAGCGGUUCCAGUCCAGACCCAGACGUCAGCCCCUCUCCAGGUUCGGCGUCUCCCACACCAGGGUCCAGACAGGGCUUGGUACUUCGUGGGAGGAAGGAGAGGGGAAGCAGCGCGCUGAGGUCCAGACCAGACCAGGGGCGAAACAGGGAGGCGGAGAGUAAGUGGUGGUCACGCCCGGAGCCGGAUCCGCCUCCGAGGCGGAAUGCCCACCCGGCCCCUACCCUGUUAUGUUUAUGUGGCGCGGUCGGAGUCCGCACCUUUGGGGGGGGGGGGUACUGUCACGCCCUGACUCAGGGAACUCGUAUAUGUUGAGUCAGGGUGUGAAUGUUCUAUGUUGUAUCUAGUAUGUGUAUUUCUAUGUUGGCCGGUGUGGUUCCCAAUCAGAGGCAGCUGUCGCUCGUUGUCUCUGAUUGGGGAUCAUACUUAGGCAGCAAAUUGGCACUAAUUAGUUGUGGGAUCUUGUUCCGUGUUAAGGUAUGUUGUGUUGUGCUGCCUUGGACUUCACGUAUCGUUUGUUUAUUGUUUUGUCGUUGUGUUUAUUCGUUAAUAAACAUGUAUGCAUAUCACGCUGCGCCUUGAUCCGUCCCGUCUAUAAACGAACGUGACACACUAUGUAUUUUCUGUGAUCAAUUUCUGUGAUAGAUUUGGUUUGUUUGGUUGUCAUUACAUUAAAUUACAUUUCCUGACCUCACAGAUGAUCAGUAGUUUUGGCUGCAUUCUCAGGGUCAUUUACUAUAAAAUCACAUUAUUAUAUAAGUGAUACAACUGUUGCUUUGUUCUCUCAGCUCCAGAAGACAUCCACACCAACAACAGAGGUACAGAUGAUGAGAGGAAAGAGGGAUCCAGGCGGAGGAGGGAAAGACGGAGGGUGGAAAGACAGAAGUUUGGAGAAAGAGAAUCAGAGAAUAUUGGAAUGGGCAACAGAACUGAAGAAUGUCUCAGAGGUGUGUGUGUGUGUGUGUGUGUGUGAGAGAGAGCGAAAUGUGCUACUGUUUAUAAAGUGUGUCCACUGUAUGUGAGAGUGCGAACCAAAUGUGUUCCCAGGUGUGUGGGCUGUCAGAUGAGGACCUGAAGCGUCUGUUGUGUCCGCGUGGGGUCAAGGAGUCUAGGCUAGCUGGCAUUCUGCCAUUGCUGGAGUUCGUAGCAUGGUCUCUACUGUCAAAUGACACUGAGGUGAGAGAAAUGUAUUGAAUUGUGUCCGUGAGAGUGUGCACGCGUGUGUGUGUGUAUGUGUGUUUGUGUGUGUGUGUGAAAUACAUGUUUUGACUAAUUCUACCCUAGUAGAUUUUCUAGGCUGCUGUAGCGAUGCUGCCAUAUGAAUAUAAACACUCUGGCAAUGAAUCUCCCUGUCUCUCAUGUCAGGAGGACGUAUCAAAGCUGUGGUUGUCAACAAAACAGAGAGCAUGAAGAACUGGUGAGAGCUCAAUGUUGUAUUCCCCAUCCUGUAUUCUCUCUUUCUCUUUCUCUUUCUCUUUCUCUUUCUCUUUCUCUUUCUCUUUCUCUCUCUCUCUCUCUCUUUCUCGCUCUCACGCUCUCUCUCUCUCUCUCCCCCCUCUCUCUCUCUCUCUCUCUCUCUCUCUCUCUCUGUCUCUUCCCCUCUCUCAUUCGCUCUCUCUCUCACCCUCCCCCUCAAUUCAAUUCAAGGUGCUUUAUUGGCAUGGGAAACAAAUAAAUAAUAAAAAGUGAACAGUAAAUAUUACACUCACACAAGUUCCAAAAGAAUAAAGACAUUACUAAUGUAAUAUUAUAUCUAUAUACAGCGUUGUAACGAUGUGCAAAUAGUUUAAGUAAAAAAGGGAACAUAAAUAAACAUAAAUAUAGGUUGUAUUUACAAUGGUGUUUGUUUUUCACUGGUUGCCCUUUUCUUGUGGCAACAGGUCACAAAUCGUGCUGCUGUGAUUACACACUGUGGUAUUUCACCCAAUAGAUAUGGGAGUUUAUCAAAAAUGGAUUUGUUUUCGAAUUCUUUGUGGGUCUGUGUUAUCUGAGGGAAAUAUGUGUCUCUAAUAUGGUCAUACAUUUGGCAGGAGGUUAGGAAGUGCAACUCAGUUUCCACCUCAUUUUGUGGGCAGUGUGCACAUAGCCUGUCUUCUCUUGAGAGCCAGGUCUGCCUACGGCGACCUUUCUCAAUAGCAAGGCUAUGCUCGCUGAGUCUGUGCAUAGUCAAAGCUUUCCUUAAUUUUGGGUCAGUCACAGUGGUCAGGUAUUCUGCCAAUGUGUACUCUCUGUUUAGGACCAAAUAGAAUUCUAGUUUGCUCUGUUUUUUUGUAAAUUCUUUCCAAUGUGUCAAGUAAUUAUCUUUUUGUUUUCUUAUGAUUUGGUUGGGUCUAAUUGUGUUGCUGUCUUGGGGCUCUGUGGGGUCUGUUUGUGUUUGUGAACAGAGCCCCAGGACCAUCUUACUUAGGGGAGUCUUCUCCAAGUUAAUCUCUUUGUAGGUGAUGUCUUUCUUAUGGAAGGUUUGGGAAUCACUUCCUUUUAGGUGGUUGUAGAAUUUAAUGGCUCUUUUCUGGAUUUUGAUAAUUAGCAGGUAUUGGCCUAAUUAAGCUCUGCAUGCAUUAUUUGGUGUUUUACGUUGUACACAGAGGAUAUUGUUGUUUGACCCAUUUUGUGAAUUCUUGGUUGGUGAGCGGACACCAGACCUCAUAACCAUAAAGGGCAAUGUGUUCUAUAACUGAUUCAAGUAUGUUUAGCCAGAUCCUAAUUGGUAUGUCAAAUGUUUUGUUCCUUUUGACGGCAUAGAAGGCCCUUCUUGCCUUGUCUCUAAGAUCGUUCACAGCUUUGUGGAAGUUACCUGUGGCGCUGAUGUUUAGGCCGAGGUAUGUAUCGUUUUUUUGUGUGCUCUAGGGCAACAGUGUCUAGAUGGAAUUUGUAUUUGUGGUCCUGGCAACUGGACCUUUUUUGGAAAACCAUUAUAUUUGUCUUACUGAAAUUUACUGUCAGGUUCCAGGUCUGACAGAAUCUGUGCAGAAGAUCUAUGUGCUGUUGUAGGCCCUUCUCUCUCUCUCUCUCUCUCCCUCCCUCUCCCCCUCUCUCUCUCCCCCUCUCUCUCUCUCGCUCUCUCUCUCUCGCUCUCUCUUUCUCUUUCCCUCACCCAGUUAUUAUUGCACUAAUCUGUUCUUCUCAUUGCAAAUAGGAAGCCAAAAGUACAUCCCUAAUUCUGUAUGGCAAUGGAUUCACAGCGCUUCAGGUAGGAAGAAAGAAGAAUGAACAUUUAUCACAAUAACACAUUACAUUACAUUGAAAUCAUGCUGACACAUAGUGCAUGCAAGUGCAGCUACUGUUGAUUUUCAUUGUUCAAUCAAUUAAGAAUCACUUAAUUAAUUAAACAUUGAGUAAUGAUUUUGAGAAGAAAAAAACCUCUCAUGCCUCACUCUCUCCACCUCUCUCCAUCCCUCUCUCCAACCCUUUCUCCACCUCUCUCUCCACCUCUCUCUCCACCUCUCUCUCCAUCCCUCUCUCCACCUCUCUCCAUCCCUCUCUCCACCUCUCUCUCCAUCCCUCUCCACCUCUCUCCAUCCCUCUCUCCAUCCCUCUCUCCAUCCCUCCCUCCACCUCUCCCUCCACCUCUCUCCAUCCCUCUCUCCACCUCUCUCCAUCUCUCUCCACCCUCCACUUCUCUCUCCCUCUACCUCCACCUUUCUCCACCUCCGCAGCCCAAGUGCGUCUGGAACCCCUCACCAGCCACCCCUGGCUGGCCUUCUCAGAUGACAACCUUGAGGUGUGGGAGGGCCCCCAGAGGGGCGACACCAGAAACUAUCCCCUCCGCUUUGACAUCUGGUCCUGCGUUCUGGGAUGCCAGGUAGGGGGAUGAGUUUGAUUAAUCAAUUGAAUUAGGAAAUUAGAAAUUGAAAAGAACAAAGUUAAGUGAUAUUUUCCAUUGCUGGACAGAGAUAUGAGUUUAAGUAAAGAAGAUUCUGUUUUGAUUGCAUAUACACUACCGUUCAAAGUUUGGGGUCACUUAGAAAUGUCCUUGUUUUUGAAAGAAAAGCAAUGUUUUUCUCCAUUAAAAUAACAUCAAAUUGAUCAGAAAUACAGUGUAGACAUUGUUAAUGUUGUAAAUGGCUAUUGUAGCUGGAAACGGCUGAUUUUUUAUGGAAUAUCUACAUAGGCGUAUGGAGGCCAAUUAUCAGCAACCAUCAGUCCUGUGUUCCACUGGCACGUUGUGUUUGCUAAUCUAAGUUUAUAAUUUUAAAAGGCUAAUUGAUCAUUAGAAAACCCUUUUGCAAUUAUGUUAGCACAGCUGAAAACUUUUGUGCUGAUUAAAGAAGCAAUAAAACUGGCCUUCUUAAAGACUAGUUGAGUAUCUGGAGAAUCAGCAAUUGUGGGUUCAAUUACAGAAUCAAAAUGGCCAGAAACAAAUAACUUUCUUCUGAAACUCGCCAGUCUAUUCUUGUUCUGAGAAAUGAAGGCUAUUCCAUGUGAGAAAAUUGCCAAGAAACUGAAGAUCUCGUACAACGCUGUGUACUACUCUACUCCCCUUCACAGAACAGCGCAAACUGGGCUAUAACCAGAAUAGAAAGAGGAGUGGGAGGCCCCGGUGCACAACUGAGCAAGAGGACAAAUACAUUAGAGUGUUUAGUUUGAGAAACAGACACCUCACAGGUCCUCAACUGGCAGCUUCAUUAAAUAGUAACCGCAAAACACCAGUCUCAAUGUCAACAGUGAAGAGGCGACUCCGGGAUGCUGACCUUCUAGGCAGAGUUGCAAAGAAAAAGCCCCCCGAGAAAAGAUUGAGCUUGGAUAGGCAGAGAAGAAAAAAGCCAUUCUCAGACUGGACAAUAAAAAUAAAAGACUAAGAUGGGGCAAAAGAACACAGACACUGGACAGAGGAAGAUUGAAAAAAAGUGUUAUGGUCAGACAAAUCGAAGUUUGAGGUGUUCGGAUCACAAAGAAGAACAUUUGUGAGAUGCAGACCAAAUGAAAAGAUGCUGGAGGAGUGCUUGAUGCCAUCUGUCAAGCAUGGUGGAGGCAAUGUGGUGGUCUGGGGGUGCUUUGGUAGUUGUAAAGUGGGAGAUUUGUACAGGAUAAAAGUGAUCUUGAAGAAGGAAGGCUAUCACUCCAUUUUGCAACGCCAUGCCAUACCCUGUGGACAGCGCUUGAUUGGAGCCAAUUUCCUCCUACAACAGGACAAUGACCCAAAUUACAGCUCCAAACUAUACAAAAACUAUUUAAGGAAGAAGCAGUCAGCUGGUAUUCUGUCUAUAAUGGAGUGGCCAGCACAGUCACCGGAUCUCAACCCUAUUGAGCUGUUGUGGGAGCAGCUUGACCGUAUGCUACGUAAGAAGUUCCCAUCAAGCCAAUCCAACUUGUGGGAGGUGCUUCAGGAAGCAUGGGGUGAAAUCUCUUCAGAUGACCUCAACAAAUUGACAACUGGAAUGCCAAAUGUCUGCAAGGCUGUAAUUGCUGCAAAUUGAGGAUUCUUUGACGAAAGCAAAGUUUGAAGGACACAAUUAAUAUUUAUAUUAAAAAUCAUUAUUUCUAACCUUGUCAAUAACUACAUUUCCUAUGCAUUUUGCUAUAUUUCCUAUUCAAACUCAUUUCACGUAUGUUUUCAUGUAAAACAAGGACAUUUCUAAGUGACCCCAAACUUUCGAACGGUAGUGUAUGUGUGGUUUUUCUCAUGUAGUAUUCACACGUACAUCAUACAUUAUUUUGUAGAGAAAACUCUGAUUUAUUCGUAAUAUUUUUUGGGUUGAUAAAUAAUUUGAUCGGCCCUAGCAACCAUCAACUAAUCGAUUGUGAAAAACUUGUGUUGAAUGACUCUCCUCUACUACAAGGCCAUCAACACAGGAAGGCACUACUGGGAAGUAGAGUUAUCCAGCACAGGCAGCUGGAGACUGGGGGUGACAUCUGUAACUGCACCCCGUAAAGGUCGGUUCCCCAUGACCCCAGCGACGGGCUACUGGACCCUGUGGAGGAGCGCCCAGAACACCCUGUGGGCCUGUUGUGAUGACUCCUCGACCAAGCUACCUGUCUCAGCCCUGCCACGCCUAGUAGGUGUCUACCUGGACUUCGAGGAGGGCCAGGUUUCCUUCUAUGAUGUAGAGAAUAGGUAUCAUAUCUAUACGUUCACUGAUACGUUUAAGGAGAGGGUGGUUCCUGUGUUCGGCUGUCUGGAUGGGGAUACGAAGAUCAGGAUUGUGCCACGGAUGUCUGGUGUUAGAUAAAGCUGCAAUGUGAUCUAGAUGGAUUUGUUACGCAAUGUUUUUUGUAACUCAUUUUACAUCACCUGCCAGAAUAUGUCAGAAAAAUGGAAAAUCACUGUUUGUCUCUUGAGACAGAUUCUCUUGAAUUACAACAAACAUUUUUCCUGUUUCACUGCACCUUUUCUAAUGAUAUUACAAUUUGAACACAAUAAACAGAAAACUAUGACAAACUGUUUAUUUGUUAAUUUGAGAUACCAUCAUGAUAAAGGGGUCAAUUAUUUAAACAUCAGCGGCAGCAAGCCAAAACUGUGCUACAGCAAGAUCCGGAACGGUAGUCUCUGUUAAUGUUUCCGUCUAGCGUGGGGGGAACAGUUAUUAUGCGCACACUGCUAUGGCACGUCAUAUUUCCAUAAUGGCUACCCCUAUGAUGGAAGAACUUCCCAAGACCUCUGUGUUGGACCCACUGAAGGGUCUCCUGCUGACCUAUUUCAUGCCAGAAUCAUGUUACGACGAGUUUUUCCUCAAUUUUAACUUUCUGGAUGGUAAGUAAAGUUUUUGCGCAGUUUGGUGACGUUUAAUUUCAAGAGCUAACUUAGCUAGCCAGGUCUUCAAUGGAUGAGCUAAUGCUAGCUACCUAACUUGCAAAGACAUUCGUUUUUGCUCGAUAUUUCACAAUGUGUAACUUGUAUCUUAUCUUUUGCGAUGAGAGGUACUGAAUAUAAAGAAAGAUAUUGGACGGAAUGUACGUAGGGAGCUAUCUAACCCGCUAAAAGAGUUAAAAAUACAGAACAGGGACUAUAGGGUAGUUUUGUUGUGACAGCGUUCAGAGGUGGGGCGAUCCACAGGGCAUCACAUGAUUGGUUGUAUGAAGUUCCUCAUUGGUUAGCGCCACUGUCCCAAUCCAUCUCAGUUCCUCAAUAACGAUAGAUCGGAGAGUGUCAUAUCUCUCUGUUCUCUCUGUUAAUACCCGUUUAAUGAUUGUUUGUUUCUGUCUGUAGUACCAUGUCUGAAGAUUGUGCUGAGCAAAGGUCUGGGCAUUGGAAUCAUCUUGGGGUCUAUGAUGGGUAAGACUAAGAUUAUCUCUCUCUGUGUCCUUUUCUCUCUCUCAAUCCCUCUCGUUCUCUCUUUGUCUCUCUCUUUCUCUUCCUAUCUUUGCCUGUCCAAAGCAUAACACCCUCUGCCUUUCUCUCAUACAGAUGGAGAGAUAUUCACAAUAGUCAUUAAGGACAAAUUUAGAUAAUAAAUUUACAUUUACAUUUACAUUUUAGUCAUUUAGCAGACGCUCUUAACCAGAGCGACUUACAGGAGCAAUUAGGGUUAAGUGCCUUGCUCAAGGGCACAUUAACGUCAUUUAGCAGACGCUCUUAGCCAGAGCGACUCACAAAUUGGUGCGUUCACCCUAUAGCCAGUGGGAUAACCACUUUAAAAUUUUGGGGGGGGGGGGGGGGGGGGGUUAGAAGGAAUACUUUAUCCUAUCCCAGGUAUUCCUUAAAGAGGUGGGGUUUCAAAUGUCUCCGGAAGGUGGUGAGUGACUCCGCUGUCCUGGCGUCGUGAGGGAGCUUGUUCCACCAUUGGGGUGCCAGAGCAGCGAACAGUUUUGACUGGGAUAAAUGUAACCCAUAUCUCCCUCCUCCCCCCUCCCCCUCCCUCCCUCUCUCUCUCUCUCUCUCUCUCUUUCUCCUUCUCUCCCCCCCUCCUACAGUGAAGCUGCCCCAGAUCCUGAAGCUGAUGGGGGCUAAGAGUGCCGAGGGUCUGAGCUUCAAUUCUGUCCUGCUGGAGCUGCUGGCUAUCACAGGAACCAUGAGCUAUAGCAUCGCUAACAGCUUCCCCUUCAGGUACUGUGGUAGAGUUGUACAGACAGACAGACAGAGACAGAGACAUGGACAUAGACAUGCACAGACAGACAGACAUAUGCACAGAUGGACAGGCAGAGAGACACACACCAGUUAACAUAUUUGGUGUUUUCUCCUUCAGUGCCUGGGGUGAGGCCCUGUUCCUCAUGUUACAGACUGUAGCCAUCGGGUUCCUCAUCAUGCACUAUGGCGGCAACACAGUCAAAGGUAAGACACACACCUACCCGACGUGAGGACUGACGCUCACUAGUAACACUGCCUCUUGAGAUUUACAAUGUAGAAUGUGACGUUAGCAUAAGACUUGCUGCCAUCAUAAUCAGUGGUUGUUGUUGUCCUCCCCCCCUAGGUGUCCUGUUUCUGGGGGUGUAUUUUGGCCUGGUGGCUCUGCUGCUCUCCCCCUUCACCCCCAUGUCUGUGGUCAUGGCCAUGCAGGCCUCCAACAUGCCAGCUAUCAUCAUCGGCAGGGUACGUGGAGCGUUCACUAAGCAAUAGGGCCUGAGGAGGUGUCGUGUAUUAGGUUUUAUUAAAUAUUUAACAUCAUUGGCGUGUUAUAACAUAACAACAUUGUUAUAACACUGUUCGAGGACCACAUUGGAUAAUACGUGUAUUUAACAUUUUCAUGUGUUCUCCUCUGGGAUUCCAGCCUGGGUACCAGUCUGUUUAGCUAACAGUCCUCUAGCCUGGGUACCAGUCUGUUUAGCUAACAGUCCUCUAGCCUGGGUACCAGUCUGUUUAGCUAACAGUCCUCUAGCCUGGGUACCAGUCUGUUUAGCUAACAGUCCUCUAGCCUGGGUACCAGUCUGUUUAGCUAACAGUCCUCUAGCCUGGGGUACCAGUCUGUUUAGCUAACAGUCCUCUAGCCUGGGUACCAGUCUGUUUAGCUAACAGUCCUCUAGCCUGGGUACCAGUCUGUUUAGCUAACAGUCCUCUAGCCUGGGUACCAGUCUGUUUAGCUAACAUUCCUCUAUCCUGGUUACCAGUCUGUUUAGCUAACAGUCCUCUAGCCUGGGUACUAGUCUGUUUAGCUAACAUCCCUCUAGCCUGGGUACCAGUCUGUUUAGCUAACAGUCCUCUAGCCUGGGUACCAGUCUGUUUAGCUAACAUUCCUCUAGCCUGGGUACCAGUCUGUUUAGCUAACAUUCCUCUAGCCUGGGUGCCAGUCGUUUGCUCUCUGGCACAUGACACAGAGUACAAGGAGUGUAAUAUUAGCUAAACAGACUGGUACCCAGGCUACUAGGGUUUCUUUGCACUUUUAAAUUGUUGAAACUGUAAAAAUUACCCCAAAAUAAAUCAAUAAAAUAUAAUAUUGUAUUAUAAGUUAUCAUCAUUUAUACAGCGGGUGGGUCUAAUCCUGAAUGCUGAUUGGUUAAAACUGUUGGUAACCCGUUGUAUAAAAGUGAUAAUGCCCUCGAAGUCGGUGUUUGGAGGAUGUAUUGGACAUUGUCUCGGGCCUAACAACACCUGUGCCAAUAUAUCCUCCCAACACCGGCUUCUCUGGUAUUAUCACCAUUUAACACAAUGUGAUAAUGUGUGUUUCUCCCUGUCAUUACAGCUGAUACAGGUAGUGACUAACUAUGGGAACGGACACACAGGUCAGCUGUCUGCCAUCACUGUGUUGAUGCUGUUCGCAGGCUCCCUGGCUCGCAUAUUCACCUCAAUACAGGUAUGUGUGAAUGUACAUUUUACGUUACAUUUACAUUUGAGCCAUUUAGCAGAUGCUCUUAUCCAGAGCGGCUUACAGUGUUUGUGUGUGUGUGUGUGUGUGUGUGUGUGUGUGUGUGUGUGUGUGUGUGUGUGUGAGUGUGAGAGAGAAAUAUGUUUACUGUGUAUAAAGUGUGUCCACUGUAUGUGAGAGUGUAUAUGUGUCCCAAAUGGAACCCAAUUCUCUAUAGUGCACUACAUUUGACCACAGCCCCUAUUGUGCCUGGUCAAAAGGAGUGUAGUCUAAAGGGAAAAGUAAUCUUCUUUACACUCAGCUCAAGGUUUAGGUCAGGGUCAAAGAAGACACCAAGGUUUCUGGCCGUAGGCUUUACAUUGGUGGUGAAAUUACCAAAGUUCUUUCCAAUCUGGGUUCUAUCAAGGUGAGGGGCCAAGUAAACCAACCUCUUUAAAAUGUGUCCACUGUAUGUCAGAGUGUGUAUAUGCAUCCCAAAUAUGUAUAUGGACCCUGGUCAAAAGGAGUGCACUCUAAAGGGAAAAGGGUGCCAUUUGGGACACAGUCUGUGUGUGAUCCUGUCCUAAUCCAACAUAAACUCUACUUCCUGGUUUCUCUCUGUAAACAGGAAACAGGUGACUCCUUGAUGGCCCUGACCUAUGUCAUAUCCUCUUCCUGUAACGGCCUCAUCGCUGCCCAGCUCCUGUACUACUGGAACAGCAGCCCGGCGCUGAAGAAGAAGACGGAGUAGACACACAGACUGGUGGACAUGAAGACAGUCUGAAAUGGGAACCUCGUUUUCAAGCAGUGUACUAUAUAGAGAAUAGGAUGCCAUUCAAGAUGCUGACAGUGACAGAGAGAUUAUAUAGACAAUGUGUAUGGAUCUAAAAUGGCACCCUAUACCUAUGUAGUUCACUACUUUUGACAGGACUAUUGGCUCUGGUCAAAAGUAACACCCUAUUCCCUAUAUAGUGCACUACUUUUGACCAGAACCCUACUAGUGCACUAUAUGGGGUGUUAU